CUUAUGGAUCCCUUGCCCGAAGUGAAUAGAGUCUUUCAUCUUGUGACUCAAGAAGAACUGCAAAAGGGAAAUGCAUCUGUUGGUUCAGAUUCUAACCAGGCCAUGGCAUUUGCGUUUAAAGGAGACAAACAUAAUGGUUCUAAACCUGAUAAUCAAGCUUCUAAGGGUCAUCCACCAAGAAGAAAUAGACCAUUCUGCAGUCAUUGUAACAUGCUCGGACACACUAUUGAACGCUGUUACAAAAUACAUGGGUAUCCGCCUGGAUAUCACAAGCCAAACAAGACUCCUGAAGCCACUGCCAAUCAAAUUCAGACAAAUGAUUCUGCUAACAUUCCUUCUGCUGAUAAUCACACAAUCUUACCUCAGUUGACAACCAGUCAAUACCAACAGUUGCUGAAUCUUCUAGGCACUCAACAAACUGGUAUGCAUGCUGGAGAACCAUCUACUUCAAUGGUUAACUCAGGACAAACUCAACAGGAAGACAAUUGGAAAGGGUAACAAUAUCAACGGUUUAUACAUCCUUGAUACUGCACCAACAAAUUCUCCUAUACUUUCUGUUUCAGCUGAGACUUGGCAUUUUCGCCUUGGUCACCUGUCAAAUAAAAGAUUAGAUUUACUCAAAAACAUUUUGCCUUGUAAUACUUCUGUUUUGCAUAGAUCUGAACCAUGUUAUAUCUGUCCUAAAGCUAAGCAAAAGAAACUUGCUUUCAAUAAUAAAACCAGAUUUACAAGUAAAAUUUUUGAGCUUGUUCAUUGUGAUGUUUGGGGACCAUACCAUGUCACAUCACACACAAAUCACAGAUUUUUCCUUACUUUGGUUGAUGAUUACUCUAGGUUUACUUGGGUGUACUUAAUGCA